UCCUCGCUCACCUUAUCCCCAACUCGCAAAAACCUCGCUUCUUCCCAAACACUCGCACUCGAGCGCUGCAAUGGCUUCCCUCCCGACGGCCGCCGCCACCGCGCGGGUCGCGGCCACCAGGUCCUUCGCCUUCCCCGCCAGGCCCUCUUUCUCCGCAUCCACCGCGGCGCUCCCCCGCGCUUCCUCCGCCGGCACGGUGUUCCCGGCGAUCGCCCUCGCGGCGGCGGCGGCGGCGGCGGGACGGGCGAUGAGGCUGACGGCGGCCCGCGCGGCGCCGGGGAGCGAGCAGAGGGAGACGAUACUGCUCCCCGGGUGCGACUACAACCACUGGCUGAUCGUCAUGGAGUUCCCCAAGGACCCCGCGCCCACGCGGGAGCAGAUGAUCGACACCUACCUCAACACCCUCGCCACCGUCCUCGGCAGCAUGGAGGAAGCGAAGAAGAACAUGUAUGCCUUCAGCACGACCACUUACACUGGGUUCCAGUGCACUGUCGACGAAGAAACGUCCGAGAAGUUCAAGGGUCUGCCUGGUGUUCUAUGGGUGCUCCCUGAUUCCUACAUCGAUGUCAAAAACAAAGACUAUGGAGGUGAUAAAUACAUAAAUGGUGAGAUAAUCCCAUGCACAUACCCAACCUACCAACCAAAGGAGCGGAGGACAUCAAAGUACGAAAGCAGGCGGUAUGAGAGGCGAAGGGAUGGACCUCCUGCCAGCAGGAGACCGAAGCAACAAGCCACUCAGCCUGAGUCAGCGUCUUCAUGAGGGAUUUACUCACAUACCGAAACAAAAGGGUGUGCUUAAUUCUACCGUCUCGAGUCACGACCUUGUAUUGGGGAACACGCAAAUUCUUCCAAAGCCUAGUGCUGUGCAAUCGACUUGCUGAGCUGGAAUUGGAGUUUUGGAUCAUGCUGAUAGUUUGAGUGAACUAUGACAUCUGAAUGUCACGAGAGACUGGAAUCCCGAUCCAUCUGAAAUGUCACUCUUCAAGCAUCUUGUGAUAUUUUCUGUAAUAUUUAGUUGUGUCCGUGUGAAUUUGUUCGCUCUUAGUUUGAUUGAACUGAAGUUAGUUCUUAGCCAGGGUAAUGUUAUCCACGUUGUUUUGCCUCGACUUGGUUGUUUGGGAUCCUGAAUGCAGUGUGAGUGGGACUGCUGAAAGCUCUUGCAAUGUUAGAAUAUCAUGAAUACCCUGUACACAUUUCACUGUA